AUGGAAGAGCAGGGGGUGGGCGAGAGGCGGAGGGCAGAGGCGGCGUUGGAGCCCGCGGAGGCACGAGGGCAGCGGCUGUUGCGGCAGAGGCGGCGUUGGAGCCCGCGGAGGUGCGAGGCGGCGGAGGCGUUGGAGGCAGAGCAAGAGGAAGGUGGAGGCGGCGCAGAAGGAUGGUGGCGGAGGCGUGAGGAUGGUGGCGAAGGCGCGAGGCGCCGGAGGUGCGAGGCGGUGGAAGAAGGCGGAUGGAAGGUGAAGUCGGCGGAGGCGGUGGAACAAGAGGAGAGAGGGGGGAUGAUUGAGAGAGAGAGAGAGAGAGAGAGGAAGAGGCAGAGGGAAAUCUAG